GUUUCUCAGAGCCAUCAAGGAACUCUUCCUUACCGCUCCGUGUUGCUUUCUAUAAGCAAUCUUCAGCACUUUCCCGAUGUCUUUCACAGCCUUGCCAUUUAGAUGGCAGUAUAGUUCGUGUCGACCCUGCUUGGUCAGUACAUAUGUGGUACGCGUGGGUACGGCCAUCCACACGCAUGCCGACUGUGUUUCGAUGAUUGUCAAUCAAUAUCCCCGCAACGCGAUUGUGCCGCGUAUGUCCAAAAACUAUGCUGCCUCACUCCGCACAGUAUCUACAACUCGUGACUUACAUUGUAGAUGUCUCUGACGCAACAAUGUACACGUGAAGUCCAACUUUGCGGCCCGCAUCGCUAUCGACAACUCGUAUCUUCUUCAGAGCCAUGGAAAAUUCUGGACUAUUUCAAGCUGGACAGUAACGGCUC